UGGUCAUACCCGGAAGUGAGGCGAGCACGCUGUCGUGUGGAGGACGGGGUGCUGGUCUGGUUCUGGUCCUGGGUCUGAUCUGGCCCAUCUUUUGGUUCUGGUCCUGGUUCCGUCUGAGUCUGUGACGUGAUGUCGGAGGUCGCUUGUGUCCCGGGACAGUUUGAUGACGCGGAGGAGGACGGCGACCAAUCACAAGCUGUGACAUCACAGCGCCCCAUCGAUGAUGUCAUUGUUCCGCCUUCAUCGGGGUGGGAGGGAGAGGAAGAGCAGGAAGAGGAUGAUGAAGACGAAGAGGAGGAUGAGGAUGAAGAUGAGGAGUGGGCGUGGUGUUCAUCAGGAGAUCUGACGAAACGAUACAACCGCACAUCUGUCAACUGUCAGUCUAACAGACAAAAUCCAUCCAAUAAGACGCUGGCGUCGUCGACUCCGUCUGACAAAGCUCUGAGGAAAUACGAACACAAGAUCAACCUGGAUAAACUGAACUUCGACGACUCGGUGAUCAACAAAGUGACGACGAUGCAGAAGCAGCGAGAAGCCGACAAGUUCAGAGUGAAGGACAAAUCAGACCGAGCCACCGUGGAACAGGUUUUAGAUCCUCGAACUCGGAUGAUUCUCUUCAAGAUGUUGAGUCGAGGCGUCAUCAGAGAAAUAAACGGCUGCAUCAGCACCGGCAAAGAGGCUAACGUGUACCACGCUGGGACUGCGGAUGGUCAGAGUCGAGCCAUCAAGAUCUACAAGACGUCCAUCUUGCUCUUCAAGGACCGAGACAAAUACGUCAGCGGAGAGUUCAGGUUCCGUCACGGUUAUUGUAAAGGAAAUCCCAGGAAGAUGGUGAGAACGUGGGCCGAGAAAGAGAUGAGGAACCUCAUCAGGCUGCAGACGGCAGGAAUCCCGAGUCCAGAACCUCUUCUGCUUAGAAGCCACGUUCUAUUGAUGUCAUUCAUUGGAAAAGAAAACAUGCCGGCUCCUCUCCUGAAGAACGUGUCCUUAACUGAGUCCAAAGCUCGUGAGCUUUAUCUUCAAGUUCUCCAGAACAUGAGAAAAAUGUUUCAAGAUGCGAGACUCGUCCACGCCGACCUCAGCGAGUUCAACAUGCUGUAUCACGAUGGAGACGCUUACAUCAUCGACGUGUCACAGUCGGUGGAACAUGAUCAUCCUCACGCCCUUGAGUUCCUCAGGAAGGACUGCAGCAACGUCAACGAGUUCUUCGUCAAGCGUGGUGUUCCUGUGAUGACGGUCAGAGAGUUGUUCGACUUCAUCACGGAUCCGUCUAUCACCUGCAACAACAUUGAUCAGUAUCUGGAGAAGGUGAUGCUGGUGGCCUCCCUACGGACCUCGGACCAAAGAUCUGAUCAGGACCGAGUGGACGAGGAGGUCUUUAAGAAGGCCUACAUCCCCCGGACCCUGACGGAGGUGAGUCACUAUGAGCGAGAUGUGGACCUGAUGAGGACGAAGGAGGAGGAGUCAGCCAUCAGCGGACACCACGACAACGUUCUGUAUCAGACGCUGACCGGACUGAAAAAGGACCUCUCAGGAGUUCAGACGGUUCCUGCACUUCUCGAACAUGACAGUAGCUCCUCAGAUGAUGAUGAUGAAGAUGAUGAUGAUGAUGAUGAUGAUGAUGAGGGGGAGGAGGGGGAGGAGGGGGAGGAGGGGGUCCAGGGUGACGGGGUCCAGAUGGACAGAAAGGAGAGGAAGAAGAUAGUGAAAGAAGCUCAGAGAGAAAGAAGGAAAAAUAAAGUACGGAAACACGUGAAGAAGAGGAAGGAGAAGGUGACUAAGAUGAAGAAGGGCCGAUGAGCCCAGAACACAUGGAACCGACUCACAACGACGGGAAGAACCUGGAACUCUGCAGGAGAUCACAACAGAACGUUCCCUCUGGAACCUCCAGGACAAAUUCUAGAAUCAGACCAGAGCCAGGUUCAGAGAAGAUUUUCACCCCUUUGUUGCUUCUAGAGAAGCUUUCAAUAAAACCAACCAUUGUCUCAUAUUUGUGUUUAAUGUUGCUAACUCAUAAUCAUGCUAAUGUUUGCUAACAAUAUAAAAACUUUCACAAGAACCGUG